AUGUCGUUGCCCGAACUGAUGAAGCUGAUGGACCGUCAUUUCGAGCGAUACAACAAUAACUGUCGUUCUGAACAGGCUCGGCGCGAACGUGCGCAGGCAGUCGCCCUUGCCAAAGAGGAAGAGCGACGACUCGAGGCCAACCACAGGCUCAAGAAGAUCGUUCCUAUCCUCGACUAUCUAGCCAGCACCGAAGCCCUGGCACAAGCACAGCAGCAAAAGAUCAAAUCCAAGACUCUUGACCCCUGCAUCAUUUUGGGAAUUCCCUACGACUCAGUUAACAAGACCGUCUUGAAGAAGAUCAAGCUGAAGGUACAAGCGAGUCUUCACCCCGACAAGUACAAUUUAGAUUGGCUAGAGAGUGAGAAGCGGGCGGAGUGGACGGCUCGUAUUUCCCACGCUUUCCGUUUGGUGACGGAGGCGUUGAAUGAGUUACAGAAAUGCGAAUCGCUUACACCAAGAUGGGUGAUGUGUCGGGGUCUGGUGGAGCCUCCGUACGCUGAGGAGGUGGGUAUUCAGUGGAAAGGUUCAAAACACACCCCCGUAAAAGUGCCGGUAAUCAAGCCUCCCGGAUCUGCGCCGCCUUCGGCUCAACAACCUGAAAGCGAAGAGCCGAAGGCACACGGUGGAGGAAGCGCAGCAGCCAACACGUCCCGGAAGGCUGUGAUCACUCCGUUGCUUUUCCGAACCACACCGUUGACUGCGUUGGCGGAGGGGCCGCCGUUGCCUCAGGGGGGCAAAUCACGAAAGAGUCGGGACGCAUUUCUAGAACCUAUGUGUCAGCUGACCUUUCCGGACAAAGUUUGGGUUCGACAGGGUGUGUUGGAGCUUGACGUUUGUCUGAAGGAAGAGUCUUUAAAGGACGACUUGCAGGAGGGUAUUCGUCGGUCGACCGAGCACCGAUGUCUAGUACUAUGGGUUGCGGCGCCUCGUCUGAAGAACGUGAGGGUCCCGUUCAAAAGCCGUGUUAUAGCCAAGUACAUCUUUACGCUAACUUGGGCCACGGCGUCUAGACGGUCGGCUACCCUACACCUGGACGGCCUGCCUUUGAUCGGGAACCAUGAUACAUGUUACUACGAGUUCCAGUGGGUCGAAACGGUCGACCUCAGCGGAGGCGCUCUGCCUCUCCGGGACCUCGCCAUCCGACAGACCGAACCAGUCCGCGUGGUACGACCCGUGCUGGUCCCGGCCCUCCGCGAGGGAGGCGUCAACAUGUACAGAGCUACGUUAAACGUUUUGUGGCAACUCAGCGACGUCUACGGCGAGCCGCUGAAACAGUUCUAUGCCGACAUGAGGACCAACGGAGGCCCCCCAUGGAUCAAAACGCUUAAACGCCACGAAGCAAGACAACUACUCGAGUCAGUAUUCACGGAUCUGCAACCCCACCUUCUCACAGACAACUAA